UUGCUUGGUGUUUUGUUGUGGCCCAUGUCAUGAACGAUCCACCCGGUGCCAUGGCUGGAACAUCAAAAUCCAACCCCAUCUUCAAAGAUGAGGUGGACGAGAUUUUGAAAGGCCUCAACUUGGACAAGGAGUUCUUCACGCAGAAGCUGAGCAGCGACCGAGCUCAGAAGCUCCUCCCAAGCGAUGGGACCAACGAGGGUCGGAGAAACUCUGGUGCGAAAUCGAGCUUGGCACCGGCAGUUGGAACAGGUUUCCGAAGACGGCCGUCCAUGGUGGCACGUAGGUUUCCCGACUUCGAUGUCUACUUGACGGAGUCGCUGAUGCCAGUCCUUGCACAGGCCUUGGACGCGCUGGGCAGGCAGGUGUCCAAAAUGCAGCAGCAGGGCGACCGGCUGGAUGCGAAGGUCCGCGCGCGGUUCAACCCCAUCACCUGGCUAGCGCAGCAGCUGCUUCGGCGCCACCCCAGGGUGGCCACCACUCCAAGGCGGAUUGAGCUGUACAGGAGCUUUCACAGCUGGGCAGACCAGGAGCGCGGGCGCCGCGAACUAUUGCGCUCCCGCGCGAAGGUCCUGGAGAUCUUCAACGGCUUCAUGCAGAAUGGGGUCGUGGGCAGGAACACUUUGCCCUUUGUAGUGGCAGCUGUGGACGACACUUUCUUCCUGCGGGGCACCUUGAAGGAUGACAAGAGUCUGCAAGAAGAAAUCCAGGGCAGCCAGGGCACCAAGAGGCCAGCCGCCAACAAGCGGCACUCCAACCUCGGAGGCGACAUUGUCACCUUCGAGCAGUUCUGGUUCAAGUUGGCGAAUGUGAUCGUGAAGCACGACGACAUCUUGCUGACCACCAUUCAAGAAGGCCGGCGCCAGCACAAGCUGAGGGAGGAAGAGCAAGCGCGCGCUUUGGAGGCUGCACGAUUGGAGGAGGAGAGGAGGCUGCGGGAGGCUGCUGAGCAUGGGAGGCUCAAGAAGAUCUACUCAGAGCUCUUGCCGCGGAUGCGUGCAGAUGAGGCCCUGCAGGGCAUUCAAGAGGGCAAGAUGCUGACGGGGGAGUUCCUGAAGCAGACGGACCCGGAAUUCGAGUCCCAGGUGGCGCCGCACGGCCCGCACGUGAUCCUGCUGCAGGAGCUGCUAGUCCUCUUUGGGCUCGAGAUCCAAACGGAGAACGACAGCCUCGAGCUGGAGGCCGCGGAUGAUGGGGGCUCGAAGCUCUUCCGACAGAAGGUGAACAAGCAUGAAAAGGAAAAGGAGGCAGAGAAGGAGCCAGAGAAGGAAGCGCCCAAGGAGAAGGAGAAGAGGGGUAAGAAGAAGCAGUCCAAGGAGUCAACGGAGGAGAGCGCCAAGGGCUCCAAGGAUGAGGCACCCGAGGAGGCUCCCAAGGAGAAGGUCCGGGAUCGCUGGUGGGACCCUGCGAUGAAGUCAUCAUGGAAGAUCCUGCAGGCGGCAUGCGGCGUGGAGCACACCGGCCACGUGGAUAGCAAGGUACUGAAACAAGUUCUCGCCGGGCCGGAUCCGUUCAUUGCCCUCAAGAAGAAGGUUGACCUGGAAGUGCAGCGCCGUGCAGAAAACGGCGUCAAGGAUGAAGAGGAGGAGCCGCCGACAGUGGUGGCUGAACAGAAGCCCACAAUGGAGGAGUUGUCCUUGCAGUACCGCAUUCCCAAAGCUCGCCUGCAAUUCUUCCACGACCUCUUCGAGAGCUUCCUGCCGCCCAAAGAGGAUGGAACUCCUGGUGUGUGCGGAUACCCGGCGAAUCCGGCCACAAUCAACAAGAAGACGAUGUGGGCGCUGCUCAAGCAGAUCCAGGACAACCUGGUCGAGGCGGAGUUCGAAGCUCGCUUCAGACGGAUCGAUGGCGAUGGCAGUGGUUUGAUUGAAUUUGACGAGUUCGUGCAGUGGGUGCACGACGAUGAGGUGGAGGUGGUGAGUGGCGCAGAGAAGGUGAAGAGGACCUUCGAGGAGCUGGCUGAUGACAUGGACGUCAGCGUCAAGCUCAUCAUGUAUGUGUACGACUGCUUCAAGUUCGAGUUGGGCCCUGACCAGGUGGACGAGUACCCCACAACUUGCGCCAGUUUCCCACGAGAUCAGGCUUACACGCUGGCCCAGAUCUUGGUCCAGAAUUUGGACAAGAAGAAGUUCGACCGCUACUGGAGCCUGGUGGAUGUCAACGACAAGGGCAGCGUGACUUUCGACGAUUUCUGCGAGCUGCUGGACUUUGAAGAUAUGCCCGAGGAGGUGCUGGCAAAGUACAACUCUGAGGACUGAGGUGCCUCCAUGCUGCUGACAUUUCACUGAGGUCAUGUGCCCGCCGGUCCAUCCAACCUAUGCAAGUUGUCUCUAUUCUCUUCGGGCUCUUCAGCAGAGUGGUAGGCUUCACCGCUGCUUCCUAAGGAAGCAGGUUUCACUGUGCAUGUGGUUAAAGGAUAUGGCCAGGCAC